AUGGGAAUAAGGAUACAGUCUGCAGAUGAGCUACAAGUGUGUGAAGAAGUUGGUAGAGGUGGUUUUGGUGUAGUAUAUCGAGGAGUGAUAAAAGCAACUAAUGAAGAAGUAGCUAUCAAGCAGAUCGAUUUGGAAAAUGAACAAACGGAUUUAUUUGAAGUUAAUAAGGAAAUUAUGAUAAUAUCAGAAUGUCGACUCUCUCAGAUUACACAGUAUUACGGCUGUUUUGUUAAUCAUUACAAGUUAUGGGUAAUAAUGGAGUAUGUGAACGGAGGAUCAUUAUUUGAGUUAUUGAAACCUGGGGCUGUAACUGAUGAGAAUGUAAUUCUGAUAAUUGCGAAGGAAAUUCUCAUUGCUCUAGAAUAUUUGCAUGACCAAGGUAAGAUACACCGGGAUUUGAAGUCGCAGAAUAUUUUGCUCAAUCAGACGGGGGAGGUGAAAUUAACUGAUUUUGGGGUUUCAACUCAAUUGUCUUCGAAUUUUUCACGCAGAAAUACAACUGUCGGGACGCCGUACUGGAUGGCCCCAGAGGUUAUAUUGAACAAUAAUGGAGGACAUAGUUAUAAGGCAGACCUAUGGUCCUUGGGUUGCUGUGUUUAUGAAUUAUUUACAGGAAAACCUCCGUUACAGAAUCACUUCUCACCAAUGAAGGCCUUAAGACAGAUUUCGAGGUGUCAUUAUGAAAAUAACUUUGCUGAACUUAUAGGCUUGGAUGACCUUGAAAUCUCUGGUUCUUUCAAAGACUUUUUAUGCCUGUGUUUUAUAAUUGAACCCAAGGAAAGAUUUUCAGCCACUAAAUUACUAAAACAUAAAUUUAUAACAAAUGUUUCAUUAUCUGAUAAUGACAAAAAAAAGAUAGUAAAGAAGCUUAUUACAAAUAAGCGAAGAUGGGAUCAGGAGAAUCAUGUCAUUCAAAAGCAAAACUAUUACGUGCCAACGGAAAUAAGGAACAAUCAAAAGAAAUGGAACGAGAACGAACUAGAUGAACAGAAAACGAUCCAUUUUGACUUCAGCCUGAUACAAGAAUCAGCUUCCGAAAAUCCGAUUAUACAAUACCCUCCUAGUCCUACGGCAUCGCAGAAGUCCUCUAGAGAAUCGUCAUUGUCGCCAACUUCAGAUAGUAAAGAAACUAACCAAGACCCGCCAUUACCUAAGCUAAAUUAUCAAUCAUUAUCAAAAAUAAAUACAAAGCAGGAAAAUUUGAAGAAAACAAUCGAGCCAGAGCUUCGUAAAAUAUUGAACAAAGUGUUCCAUAAGCUAGACUCUAAAAACAGUUUGACAACACAACAAUACGAUUUGUUAGUGACUUUUAAUGAUAACAUGCUAAACCUUAUGAGUUUCAUUCAAUAUUCUGAGCCAAAUAAUGCACCUUAUAAUAAGCUUUUAAUUUGUCAAUAUAUGAAAUACUUUUUGAAGGAACUCUUGAAGCUACCAGCAGAAAGGCAAAUGGAAAAUAACCCUCGUUUUAUGUUGCAAAAGCUAAUCAUACCUUCAAAUUUGAAUGUCAAAUUAAACACAUUAAGGACCAUAUCCGAUACGACUACUAUGACCACAUUAAACAAUAAAUCUUUUACCCAAUUUGACGAAAUUGAAUUCAGUUUGUUUGAAACAUGGAUCGAUAAAAUGAAUGAGAAAAUAUCUUAG